AGCCCUUUGAAACAUAGUAGGACCUGCCAGACGGUUCCUUACAGAAGGAUUUUAUUGACAGCAACUAAUUACCAUUCAUCACUUAGUGGAAAGGAAGAAAGGAAUGAAACAUUUCCCAUGACGUUCUCCACAUUGCUUGUUUUCCUCUCUCUCAUUCACAGUACUUUGCAGCUGCUGGGUGACACUGAAAGAUUUUGGACUACAGAUUCUUUGACAGGUUUCCACUACCAGAUAAACUCCCAAUCAGCUCUAACAUGGCACCAAGCAAGGAAAAGCUGCCAGCAACAGAAUGCAGAAUUAUUAAGCAUCACAGAGAUACAGGAGCAAACAUACCUGAGAGAGAUAACUAAAAAUAUGGAUUCUGCUCUCUGGAUUGGACUUAAUAGUUUGAAUUUUAACAGUGGAUGGCAGUGGAUGGGCAGCAGUCCUCUCAGAUAUUUAAACUGGGCUCCAGGAAGCCCCAUUCCAGCCCCUGGUAAACUCUGUGCCAUGCUGAAUCCCAGAAGAGCUUCUAAAUGGGAAAACCAGGCAUGUAAUCAGAAACAUGGCUACAUUUGUAAAAGGGGAAACUCCACUUUAGAGUCUCUCAAUACGCCUUCAGAUCACUUGGGGCCUAUUAAAUGCCCAGAUGGGUGGCUGCCAUACUCAGGUCACUGUUACAUGAUUCACAGAGAGCCCAAAGUAUGGAAAGAAGCUUUGACUUCAUGUAAGAAGCAAGAUGGAAAUUUGGCGAGUAUGCAUAAUAUUGCAGAGAACAGCUUUAUUGUUUCUCAGCUUGGCUACACGCCAACAGAAGACCUAUGGAUUGGACUGAAUGCCCUUAAGAUUCAAAUGUAUUUUGAAUGGAGUGAUGGGACUCCUGUGACAUAUAUUAAAUGGCUACGCGGUCAACCCAGCUAUGCAAAGAGACAAGAAGAUUGUGUUGUUAUGAAGGGACAGGAUGGAUAUUGGGCAGCUAAUGUUUGUGAAAAGAAACUUGGUUAUAUCUGCAAAAGGACACCUUUACCACAAGCUCCCAGGGAAGUGGAGAUCAUCGAUCCAGGCUGUCAGAGGGGCUGGAAAAGACAUGGAUUUCACUGUUAUUUGGUUGGACACACAUUUGUAACAUUCUCAGAAGCAAAUAAGACAUGUGAAAGGAGCAAUGGUUACCUAGCUACUGUGGAAGACAGAAAUGAACAAGCCUAUCUGAUUAGUCUGAUUGGGCUAAGGCCUGAAAAAUAUUUCUGGAUAGGUCUUUCAGAUGUAGAGGAACAAGGGACUUUCAAGUGGACCGAUGGUGAAGCAGUUCUGUUCACUCAUUGGAAUUCAGCAAUGCCUGGAGGAAAGUCGGGCUGUGUUGCCAUGGGAACUGGAAUUGCGGCUGGAUUAUGGGAUGUUCUUAGUUGUGAGAACACAGCAAAAUUUCUCUGCAAACAGUGGGCUGACGGUGUGACACAUCCUCUGAUUCCACUAACAACUCUUGCCCCCACAUGCCCUGAAGGCUGGGAUUCAAGCAAUUUUAUUAGCUCAUGCUUCAAAAUUUUUGUGAGAGAAGGAAACCAAAAGAAAUCAUGGUUUGAAGCUGAAGAUUUUUGUAGAGAAAUAGGAGGACACUUGAUCACUAUCAACAGAAAAGAAGUAAAGCAUUUAAUAUGGCAGAUGGUUCUGGACAAAGGAUUUAUCUUUCAGCAUUUCUGGAUGGGUUUGAUUUACUUGAAUCCUGAUGAAGGAUAUACCUGGAUUGAUGGUUCUCCAGUGAUUUAUGAAAACUGGAAUGAAGAAGAACCCAAUAAUGACAAAGGAAUUGAACAUUGUGGAACAUUUGAAGGAAGUCCAAAAAUGCAGUGGAAUGACUUGUAUUGUGAACAUUUACUUAAUUGGAUUUGUGAAAUAAAAAAAGGCAUUCCAUUAAAACCUGAACCAAGUACUAAGUUUGAUUAUAAAGUCACUGAUGAUGGAUGGGUUAUCUAUGAAGACAAGCAGUACUACUUCAGCACAGAAAAUGUCCAUAUGGAGAAAGCUUGGGAUAUUUGCAAGAAGAAGUUUGCAGAUCUUGCUGUCAUUGACAGUGAAAGUGAAAGGAAAUUUCUAUGGAGAUAUAUUUACACUAAAAACAGAAUGAAUUCAUAUUUCAUUGGCCUAACUGUCAGCUUUGAUCAAAAAUUUAGCUGGCUGGAUGGAACCCCAGUGAACUAUGUAGCCUGGGCCCCAAAUGAACCCAACUUUGCAAAUAAUGAUGAAAACUGUGUGGUCAUGAACAAAGAUUUUGGCUUUUGGAAUGACAUAAACUGUGGUAUUAAAAAUGCCUUUAUCUGUGAAAGGCACAACCGUUCUUCUCACUCAGAAUUUGCUUCAAUAGCACCUUCUCCUCUGGGAGGAUGUCCUGAAACCUGGCUUUUGUUUAAUAAUAAGUGUUAUAAAAUAUUCGGCUCCAGUGAAGCAGAGAGAUUGACUUGGCAUGCUGCACGAAACACUUGCAUAAAGUUAGGAGGAAACCUGCCUUCUAUACAUAAUGAACAAGUGCAAGCUUUCCUCACCUUCCAUUUAAAGGAUGUCAUGGCUGAAACCUGGAUUGGACUGAACGAUAUUAACAUGGAGGGCCAUUAUCUUUGGACAGAUGGGAGUUUAUUUGACUAUGCAAAGUGGGCCAGGAAUUUCCCAUUUAGAGAUAGUUACAUACGAGUUGACUGGACACUUGUUACACAGGAGACUGACUGUAUUGCAAUGAUGAAGAGAUUGGUAGGAGAGGAAGGGAAAUGGGGAAACAAUGAUUGUCAGCAGAACAAAAGCUAUAUAUGCCAGAUGGACAGCAAUCCUGAUUUAUUUCAUUCCCCAGCAAUUCCAGCCUCAGACAUUAUUCAUUAUGGUAAUAGUAGCUAUUCAAUUAUCCGCUCCAAAAUGAAUUGGGAAGAGGCACGAAACAACUGCAAGAAAAAAUCUUUAGAACUUGCCAGCAUUUUGGAUUACUAUAGUGCUUUAUUCCUGUGGUUAUACAUGUUGCAGUUUGGAGAGCCUGCAUGGGUUGGUCUCAACAGCAAUGUGACUGAUGGCUAUUACAAAUGGACUGAUAACAGGAGAAUCAAAUAUUCUAAUUGGGCUAGAGGGGAACCAAAACAGAAAAUAGCCUGUGUCUAUCUAGACCUUGAUGGAACCUGGAAAACAGCAUCCUGUGAUGGAAAUUAUUUCUCUGUCUGUAAACGGUCUGAUGUUAUAGCUCCUACUGAUCCUCCACAACUCCCUGGAAAAUGUCCAAAAUCAAGAAACCCCUUAUCUUGGAUUCCUUUUCGUGGCCAUUGCUACUUCUUUAAUGCCCAUAGUACCAGCUGGGCUGAAUCCUCUACUGAAUGCACUCGACUAGGUGCUACUUUGGUUUCAAUAGAAGAUUUAGCUGAAUCCAAAUUUCUAGCAGACAUUAUAGAGCCACAUAAAGGAGAGACAAGUGGGUUUUGGACAGGAAUAUAUAGAAACGUUGAUGGGUUGUGGUUAUGGCUAGACAAAACUGCAGUAGAUUUUGUCAACUGGAAUAAAGGACAGCCUUCAAGUAAUCAGUUUGAGUACUGUGUGGAAAUGUCUGCAUCCUCUGGGUACUGGAAUACCAUUCCCUGCUCUUCCCAAAAGGGGUCCAUUUGUAAGAAACCAAAGAUGAUUGAAGCUCAACCAAGUGAGAAUCUAAUAAUUAAGAAAGCACCUGCCCACAGCACAGUUUGGAUUCUAAUUAUUCUGGUCCUUAUUCUAGUAGGAGCAGGACUCACUGCCUAUUUCUUAUUCAGGAAAAAAAGACAAAAUAAACUACAAACAGAUGCCAGCUUCAAUAAUGUGCUAUUAGAACACAGAGAUACUGUAACCGGAGAGAGUGAUACAAAGGAUUCUGUUGACAAGAAAGAUCAAAAUGAACACACUGUCAUCUAGUGUGAUAAAAUAACUGAAUUGCAUGUCUGAUUUUGAGAAAAAAUGAUGUAAUUGGAAUGAAUGAAAUCUUAAGCAAAUUUGCAUUCUCCUAGUACACUGUUUUGAGCUCUGCAUGUAUACCUACUAGCAGAGGCAAUUAUCCCUUUUAUAAUGUUGAAAAUGUCCUAGAACAAUUUCACAGGAGGAGACUUGAACAGUGUGGCUAACUAACAAGUAUUGCAAAUAGACAACUGAAGAAAACUAAAAUGAAACAUGUAGCAGUGUGAAUUAACACUCAGGCAUCUUUGGGUUUUAGAGUCUUGCAUUGCCAUAACCCAUAAAGUGUCGAGACAGCUGAAUAGUGAGAAUUGUCUCAGCAAAGCAGGUAUCCUAUAAAUAUCACUCAAGAGAUCCAGCUGUUUAGACUAUACAUGAGUUCAACAUUUAAAAGACUGUAGUGUUAUUUCAGUCAAGAUAACUUUGAUAUGUAUAAUUUAUAAUUAUAUAAUAUAUAUAAAUUAGAUAUACAAAAUAGAUCACAAUAAUCUUACUUUUACACAAAUUGUUUUACCCACUUUAUUAGUUCAGUAUUAUAAUCUUAGCUUGUGACUUUGUAAUACGAUUUCUGUAAGCUAAUCAUGUGUGGAUUACAAUAUUUUUCUCACAAUAUGUGAAUAGAUGAAAGUCAAAUGUAAAUGGUUUCCCCUCAUUCAUACCUUCAGUUUGAAGUUUUGUAAAAUAAAUAAGGCUGUUUAUUUUGCUACAGGCUUGCAUUUUUAUAAGAUUAUACAACUAUGAAUGUUUUUGUAUCAGCUUCAAAUUAACAACAUUAAAUAUGUAAACAAAAGGAUCUGUUACUUAGAUAAGCAAUGAUGAGCUUAGCAUGCAGAGAUGCUGAUCAAGUGAAGCAUUUACUUGUGAGAUGGAUUGGCUAAGACCAUGGGGGAACAAUAAAGUAUGUACAACAUGCCUGUCUAAAAGAGAAAUAAACAGUAG